AUGAUGUCUCACGUACGGGAAAGGCAACAUCGCCGGUCAUUUCGGCAGGCGCUGCUGCGGGCGGCAGUGACAUUUUGGGUACUUUUUUCUCUUUGCGGCCGCACGCUGGCGGCGACAAGAACGCUAGAGAUAAGUUAUGACAUGUUGACGCCGCCGCCGCCGCCGCCACCGACUCUUUCGGAGUUGAAUGAACGGCUUCGACUGCCGCAUUCUUCUUCAUCUUCUUCCCCUUUUUUACGUGACGGGGAUGGCACGUCGUUGUGCAGCGUGGAUCACGGGUGCCCCCUCUCUUCCAUGGCGUGGGCCUCCGGGACAUUCACCAUGAGCGACGUACUCACUCCCGCAAGCUUUCUUAUUGCGUCGAAUCUAACGCUCAAGCUGAGUCUUUGCUGCGGUUACAAAUAUAACGGUACAUUGCUGCGGGAUGAAGCCUUGUAUGACGUCUUCCUCCAAGUGCUGCUACAAGCCUCACCAUUUCAGGUGCUGACAAGGGAGGAAAAACGUCGGAUGUUUCCUCGCGAGCAUGUCAUUAUUAUGGAUACGGUGCGCCAGCGACGCUACGACGCGAAUUAUGUACUGACGACGGAGGAUUUUCGACAACAAAAUGACGGUGAUGGCGAUGUCAUCCUUCUUGUUUCUGGUGCGGUGGGAGAGGGGAUCCUUCGCAUCCCGCUGUAUCGCGCCGCAGAGGAUCUUGCCACCGCCGCACCCGCCAACAUUAAUCUUAAGAUUGCGAACGUGGCAAUCAAAUGCAAGUGUCCGCACACAUUACUGGUGAUGCCAUUGCUGCAGGUGCGACCAGAUACUCUUUUGCCCGUGUCUGUUCUUGGUUUGGGAUCGCACUGCGGCGUGCAUCCGCUGCUGCCCCCAACGACACCCCACCAUGGCGAGAACAUUGUGCAGCUGCGGGAGAAGGCAUGGGCAGCUUCGGUCGCCGUGGCACCGUCACAGCUGCCAGCGACAAGGGUUCAAUGGGUUGUGACGGACACCCGCACCGGGAGCAUCGUUCUCGACGAGUUGCUACACGUGCCAACGCGGACAGACAGCUCUGGUGCGUUGCUUCGGCACCACGCAAAUUGCAGCUACUUCGAGGUGCUUCCAAACCACAAGUACGAGGUGAAUCUUACGGUAUCUCGUGGGACCGCCGUGCAAAGAGCCACGGGUUUUUUUAUUCUCCGCCUACCGAUAGAUAGACCCCAGGAUGUGGAGCGGGGGCCACCGCAAUUGCACUUUGGCUUUGAGAGACGCCUGCGGCUCUCGGAGCGUACACGUACUUAUCUCGAGUUGCAGGGUGCAUUGUCGCCACAGCAUCAGCCAGCAGAGUACUUUGGAUAUUGGGAGAAUACCCCACUGAACGACCAACCGCUCCCGCAGAUUUUGAAACGGAUUCGACACAACCCAUACGCGGAGGAGACGGCGUUAUAUCCGAUGUUUGUCGGACGCAAUGAGAUCUUUUUCUACGUGCGCGAUGUGGACGAGGUCUGUGACCCGGUGCUGCUUGAGGUGCAAGAGGUGUGGGCUCUUCAAGGCAUCCUGUUGCAGCCGUCCAUUUCGCCCCUGACCGCGUGUCAUGAUGAUGUUCCGAUGGAGGCAUUACCCCUGAAACAUGUGGUGGCGACAAUACGCUCUUCACUGCAAUUACCAGUGCGGUUCCAAGGGACCUCGUGGGAGCCGUUGCAAGAGCAAAACUUUUUGGAGGGACGGUUUGACUGCACCGAACGCGGCGCUGGGCCCUGUGACAUCCGCACUCGAGUUGCGAAUGGCGGGACUAGCGGUGUUUUGCAGAUGCGGAAACGUGGCGUGGCGGAUUUGGCAUGGGUGGUGCGGGUUGAGGUGAACGAAACGGCGUUGGUGCCGCCACAUAGCCUGGACCCGUCGGUAGCCCGCAUUGUUGCCAACACCGUGGAUGAAGGGGGCGUGGUCGUAGUGGAGGUGCGUUCCCGCCCUGCCGUUGUGGUGCGCCGAAUGUCCACAAUGCCGAAUAGCGUGAACGUCACGUUGGCGAUGCGUCUGCGCCGAAUGAAGGUUAAUCCUCCCCGGUCACUGGAGAUUGCGGUGGAUGAAGUGCCAAUCGGUCACUGGCUUGUCGCCGCACCGCUGCUUCAUCUGUCAGUGGAUGAUGCGUUCGU